AUGACCGACACGACUGUUGAAGCCGCAAAGCGCGCUGCUGCGCACCAAGCAGUAGCAGACCACUUCGACCCAGCAGCCACCCACGUGGGAAUUGGUUCGGGAACAACCAUCGUCUACGUCGUCGAGGCUAUCAAGGAGCGCUCCACGAACCCGAACAUUCUCUUCGUGCCCACAGGUUUCCAAUCGCGCCAACUCGUAGUCAACGCCGGCCUGACCGCCAUCUCCUUCGACAGUCUUCCGGAUCGGGUAAUGCUCGAUGUCGCUUUCGACGGAGCUGACGAAGUCGACGCAGAACUCAACUGUAUAAAAGGAGGAGGUGCGUGUCUGUUCCAGGAGAAGCUAGUCGCCGAGCGCGCGAAGAAGUUUGUCUGCGUCGCAGACUACCGAAAGAGACAAGAGCGCCUGCUGACCAAUUGGCCGACGAUACCAAUUGAGGUUGCGCCGCUGUCUCAGCUCAAGGUCGCUGCUGCGCUUAAGAUGCUUGGUUCAACAGGCCCUAAGCUAAGGACUACGCUACUGGAGAAGUCGGGACCCCUGAAGACAGACCAGGACUUUUACAUCAUCGAUGCGCCAUUCCCUGCCUUGCUCACUUCGGCGGAUGUUGCAGCUGGUAAGGGCAAGGGCGAUGGGACAGAUGGCACAUGGGAGGUCAACACGAUAAGCAAGGCAAUCAAGGGCUUGACUGGUGUAUUGGAAGUGGGCAUCUUCUCCGGUCUAAACGGAAUCGAUGCACAGGAACUUCGCGAGCAGGAUCAAUUGACCAAGACCGUACGAGGUGGACAAAAGCCUGUCGCUGUAUACUUCGGCAUGGAGGACGGAAGCGUCAAGAUGCGGACAAUCGAAGGGGAGAAAUAG